UGCAACUUCAGUUCAUUGUGAGAAUUCGAGGCGUAUACUAGGUACAUUCUAGAAAAAAAAGCGAACACUCGUUACAGUCCGUUCCCUUCUUCGUGCUUUAGUAUACUAAACUGCCACUCAUAAGUUCGCUAUAGUAUUACAGAAAUUGAGACAAACGUGCCAAGGAAAGACGAACAAAAGUUUUGCUUGUCAGCUGUGUCCCGUAUACUGAGCGCAAUUGGCGUCUUUCGGGGGGAAAUUUCACAUCUGUAAAGAUUUGAAACACCACAAUAAAUCCCCGAGGAAAGCGGGCAACAGUGAGAAACGAGAACAGUGUUGGGUACCAGUUAGAUUGCUUUUAUUCUGUAACAAGAGUUGGCGUUUGAAAUUAUGUAUGUAUGUUGCCCGUAAAUAUCGUCACCCGCCGACUAUCUGCCAGGUGGUUGGAGGCGACACAUGAGAUUCAACACAGGAACCGCUCUGUCGCCUUGCGCAACACUUUCAGGACGACAGCACCGUAGAAAGGGAGGACGCGUCGUCAUGGGAAGCGACCAAAUUGAUACUCCCCCGCAGCUGGUAGUGAAGAGCUCGUGCCAUCGCUAGUGAAAAUAACCGGUCGGUCAAAAUUGAAUGUGGAAAAUUGAGAAAGAAUAAGUGGAAUAAAUUACAUUCUCACCGGUGAAAGUGCUAGAUCGACAAGUUGGAAAAACGGGAGACAGCUGAUAGAGAAAAUGAUUGGCGCAAAGCUGUUUCCGCUUCUGAUUUAUGCUACAUCCCUGCUGGGUGGUACUGUCGUUGCCGUUACGAAUGUUGCAGAUUUUAUCGUGUUUAAUAGUGCUUGUUAUUACGAAAGCGAUUACGUGAAUUAUGAUCAUAGUUUGAGUUUGGCAGAUCUCGUCGCGACUAGUGAUGUAAUAAUAAGAGCGUUCGCCGGAGAUGGCAAUUACCUACGUCCUGCGCUGGUGGUUUCCGGCAGCAGUGGUGAAAAUGGAAGCAAAUCCAAUCCGGUAAGUGAGCGUACCAAUGGAAAGGAAGAAGCAAACAGUUCCAGUGCAAACAGCUCCCACCGGCAGGGGAACGGAAAUGAGAAAAAUGAGAGUGCAAGUUCUAUAGACGACGAGGAAUUCAUUGUACGUUUGGAGCCAGCCGUCGUCUACAAGGGAAAUGAAAUCUUCAAGAAGCUUAAGCUGAUCAACUGGCAACACUACAUCGUUAUCAAGAGUAUUGGUAGCAGUCGAUUGAGAUUAAACACACAGCCUUCGGUGCCGUCUGGGAUCGAGGACAGUGCACAAGGGCAUAGCUUGCCAAGCAUAGCGAGUCCCUUCCCCAACCAGGACAAUAGAUAUAGCAGUAGAUAUAGGCUAAAGUGCAAUCGGAGCAAAGCCAUCACUAGCAACAUAAAUAACAGUAUACAAGUACGCAGGCACCAGAUCCGCACCAGCAAUGGAACGGCGGAGGACAAUAAAGUUAGUAGUAAGAGCCCCAGCAAUAGCAAUAAUAGUGCCCUACACCACACCAAUGAGUUUAAUGCGGAAAAUAUCACCCGACAGCGGCUUACGGUUUCCAGCUUGUUCAGUGAAAUAUUACCAACUGAGCUGAUCAUCUUCGGUAGAUUGGACCACAAAAGCAAUCUGCAGGUUGAUCUCUUCGGCGGCUUGUUCUACUGGGACCGGGAACUGGAGAGCUCGAUUUGGCGCGCGAUGGGCUGGAGCGAGUGGAGUGAAUACACCCCGUGCAGCGCUUCUUGUGGCACGGGGGUACAGCAGCGUUUUCGGCAUUGUUUGAAAAAGCUGGAACCGGAACAGAGCACGCCUCGAACUGGGGGCAGCAGCCAAACGAUGUCAUCGCUGCCGACUACACUGUUCCAGCGCAAGUCGUAUGUAAAUAUUGAGCAGCCCGUGGAGGAUGGUUUGAUGAAUAAUGAAAAUGUAAAUCCCUCGUCAUCGUUUACAACACCACUGACGACAUCGACUCCCGUGCCAGGAGAUAGUGAAACGGGUAGGAAGCGCAUCCAUCCCCGGUGGACCACGGUAGCAUCUACCGGUAUCUAUCACCAGGAGAACCGACUGCAGCAGAGCACAGCAGAGCCUCUGGUAACGAGGGAGGACACUUCAACGUCAACGACAGAACUUCACUCUGCAAUUGAGAGGCGUUUUAAUGAAAGUACUAAUGCAAAUAGUAGUAAAAGGAGCAUUCAACGACAUCCACAAAUGAACCGACGACUCCGUGGAAUUUUUCUGCAACGUGCAAAUCAACACAAUGGAACCUCAUUCCUAGACCAGACCAUGGACAAGGCCGAAGGCAAAAGACACAUCACCGCAACCGCAGAUUCUGGCUGUGAGGGUUAUAACAUCGAACAAAGGAAUUGCAACAUGUUUGAGUGCGCAGGUUCGGUAGAUCUUCUCUCGGCCAGCUUCACUCACCAGUCUGCUAUAGGAGAAGUUUGGGAAAAUCGAAUAAACUACGAGAUAAAUCAAAUCGAAACGAAUUUUACGCUAAUGCUUAACGUUCGAUCAAAGAAAAAGUCACGCCUUGAGACGGCUUCCGGCGAGCAUCAUACCAACAACAUUUUAUCUCUCCGUUCCCAAAUGGUCGGCAGUUUAAGUUUGUCGAUAAAUUUUGUCAACGAUGGUCACGGAGGGCUGAAAAUAAUCCAGGAAAAGUUUGGCCUUUCGGAGAUGCUGCCAGUUGAGCGGAAUUUAUUGGAUGGCAAAUGGCACUCGGUUGCUUUGAGUGGAAGGAACGGCGGCUACAUAACGGUGUAUAUCGACUGCCAAUGGGCCAACUCGUUCGUUCUCUCGAGAGGAUCCAUCGAACUGCCGCAGUAUCCGGUGAUUGAAGUCGGACGCGAUAUUGAGCUCCGACAGUUGACGUUGGUCCCAGGCGAUAGACAUCGGCUACAGUGUGCAAUGGAUACCAUCCCGAUAUAUGAUACCGAAAAUCGAAAAGUGACCAACUAUUUCGAAGGCAUAAAUUAGUAUCGGAAUAGUACAGCAAAAAGCAUUUAAAAUUCCGUCGGCCUCCAAAGCAAAAACAUUCAUUUCGGGUUCACCCAUCUCAAAAACACACAGCACACUGGCCGUAAGCAGGGAGUUGACCCAUGUGCCAAAAUAGGACAAUUGAUUUCAUUCUGCCAUUUCCACAGGAUUCUAUGUCGACAGCUUCCGCCAUGUAGGAAAUUCCACGCCUUCUUUGGACCGCAUGUACAUUAGGGUGGGACAAAAAAUAGAUUCCAGCUCCGAGCAAUUUUUUAGGUACUGUUUGGGUCCUAGAACAACUGUGCAAAUUCUUAGCUCGAUCAGUGAAACUAUAUUUUUGCGCCCACUGUUUAAAGUUUACAUGGAAUUUUGUAUGGGAAAGUUAACUUUUACAAAAUAAUUCCUCCAGGAGUCGCCCAUUACAUCCUAAAAAUAAAUCGUGAUGUGGCUUGUAUAGGAAAUUUAAAAAAGAAAAAAAGUCUCGAAAACCACGAAACGAUCUGAUGCUUGAGAAAAAAGUUAUUAAGCAGAAACCGAUUGAUGCUCUGACGAUUGAUAAAAUAUUCAUUUGUUCUAGCACCACUGCUGUUGGUUGUCCAAUUAUACGCAAUUUUGUUUUAAUCCUCUGUUAACGUAUCUAAAUCGUUUAUCUAUACUAUUUUGCCACUUCGCAAGGUUUUGAGAGAUAAAUUGAGGCUUCUUUUGUACAUAAUAAGAGAAAGUUAAAUUUUUUGUAUAUAAUAAAACCGUCAGAAGCAGUGAUGCUAUGAAAAGUGAAAUUUUCAUCAAUCUUCAGGGCAUCAAUCGGUUAUUGCUUAAUAACUUUUUCUACAACCAUCAGAUCGUUUUUCAGUCUUCUAGACUUUGUUUCCUUGACAAAUUUCCUACAAAAAUCAUACAUCUGUUUAUUUUUAGGAGAUAACGGGCGACUCUUGGAAGAAUUAAUUUGCAAAAGAGAAUUUUCCCAUACGAAAUCCCAUGUAAACUUUAAACCGUGGGCGCAAAAAUAUAGUUUCACCGAUCGAGCUAAAAAUUUGCAGAGUUGUUCUGGGAGCCAAAUGGAACCCAAAAAGUUACUCGGAGCCAAAUUUUAUUUUUUUCAUAUAACCAUGUCCCACUCUAAUGUACAUAUAGGGACAUUGUGAAGCAUUCAUUUUCGUGCUACCGUGGAAAUUACUACAGAAAAGAAACUUUACUAUCAGAACAGUGGAGAUGCAUCGGUUAGUGUCACAAUCAACCAUGCAUUUCCACUGGCAAUUCAGCUAUUUUUCAAGUGCUGUUCGACCAUGCAAUAAAUUUUCAGUUUUUUAUAUUACAUAAAAAAUCGACACCAUGUAGGCGUGAACCUGAAAUAUGAACGUUUGUAAAAAAAAAUGAAAUGAAAACCGUCCCGCAUGACUGACUUUUUAAAUUCUGGUCACUGAUUGAAAAAUGUUCACCGCGUCCGUGUCAUUCGGUCAGCACAAAGGGCAGACAGCAUGCUAUAAAAAAAUAAAUAAAAAAAGAACGAACUACGAACUAUGAAAUAUACAGCUUACUAAUUUUCAAGCCGAUCGUAACCAACUUUACAUAUACACAAAGGAAACAAUAAAUUUAAUGAAAACAACGGAAAACAAUAAAUGCCGGGCAGGAAAUUGAGUGCGAAUUGGAUUCGAUCUGUUGAGUAGCAUUAUAGAAAAAAAAAUCUAUAGUUGACACAGUUGCAAACGAAAAGAAGAUAGAAAUAUAUAUCUACAUUUAUUGCUAUUUUGCUGGAAAUUAUCGAGAGAUAGAUAAAGGCAGAAUUGUAUAGUUGAAAACGAUUUAGCCGAUGAAAAUAAAAAAACAAAAACAAAUAUUCAUGACUGGGUCGCCUGUAUAGUUUUUAGAGCUAUGCUUUAGUCCUAUAAAUAUGAAGUUUUGAACGAAA